AUGGGCGCAAACGAGAUGUGUUGCCGGAAGACUAGACGACGGGAUUGCGUGACGAGACGAUGUAAAGUCAGUCAACUGUCGGCAGGAGCUGUAGCAUUUACUUGGCCUAAACAGCAUAGCGACUGUAUCUGUGGCCAGAAGCGUCUUCAAAGCGGGCUGUUCACUUGCAAGCAAAGUCCCACCUCCUCACGGCCACCACCCGAGCCCGAGGAUCUUUGUUGCCAUGGCUACGCUGUAAGCAUGCCAACUGGACGGGAAUGCUGUUCCCGACAAAAAUGUACACACUACGGAACACCGAAGAGAUCGCAAGUCUCAUAA